AUGUCCUUAAGUUUCGAUAAAGAAAAACAAACAAACGAUAACAAUAAAGAUAUUUUAGGCCAAAAUAUAAAUUAUUGUGAAUCAGAUAAUGAUGUAUUUUCAACUUUAUUAGAUCUGUUUAAAACUAUUGGAGGAAGGAGGUUCUUAAAUGAAUCGAAACAAGCUCUACCAUCGGAUGCAACAGAGUUUGAGCGAAAGCCUGAUUUGGAAUACAAAAAUUUAGGAAAUUCUAUGAAACUGGUUCAGGAUGCUGAAGAUGGAUUUGAACCCAAAAUAGCUUUAAGGAUAUUUGAAUGUUUUGAAUCAAUUAAUGGGGUGGGUAAUGUUGAACGUAGUGAAGUAUCUUCUCCAAUCGGUAAUUGGUCAGGAAGUUUUGGCGAACUUACAUUGGAACAAAUAAAACAAUUUUAUGGUGCUUUGACUUAUAUGCCAGAUUAUAUGAAAAUAUCUCCAGAAGAAUAUCAACAAUUAUUCGACGAUUUUGAUAAAGAAU